UCAGCCUCAGGUCGCCAGUUUAACUUUUCACCUGCAUGGUGAUUUCUCUUCUCUCUCCCCGCCAGGACGGUCGAUCCAAACGUCUCAUCAGCAAGCCAGCUCCUCCAUCACCAAGCUGGCUUACAGCCCUCUCCAGACCCGUGGAGGCCUGGCAGAACUUGAGCGCAAACAAGCAGAGAAACGCAAGGAGAUGAUGAAGCCGAAGACUUUCUCAGCACCCUCACCCCGAGCUCUGGCCCAGAAGCUAGAGAGCGAGAGCACAGGAGCUACUGGUCCAGCUGUUGUCCGGAUCCAAAGACCUGGCCGCUCCCCUGGUUCUGGGACCAACAACAAAAAUGUUAAGCAGAUGCUGUUGGACUGGUGUCGGGCAAAGACCCAAAUGUAUGAGAAUGUCCACAUCCAGAACUUCUCCUCCAGCUGGGCUGACGGUCUGGCCUUCUGUGCCCUGGUGCAUAACUUCUUUCCCCAGGCCUUUGAUUACAGUGCACUGGACCCCAGGCAGCGGCGGCACAACUUCCACACAGCGUUCAGUGCAGCAGAGCAGCUGGCCAAUGUCCCCUGUCUGCUGGAAGUGGAUGACUUGGUGCGGAUGGAGGAGCCAGACUGGAAGUGUGUGUACACCUACAUCCAGGAGUUCUACAGGUGCCUCGUGGACAAGGGCCUUGUCAAAAUCAAGAAGCCAGCCUGACGACUCGGCGUCCAACAGGCCCGAACACACUGCAGCCUCUGCUUCUAAUCUCUACCUGUACAUAGAAACAGAAGUGUUAGUGGGGGCUUGGUGAGAGUCAGCUACACACCCAAUACAAACACACAAAAUAAACACUCCGCGUAAUAGAAACAUGCUCCCUUGGGCAUAAACACAAUCGAAUAAGCACAAACAUCAUAUUAUAAACACAAACUGUAAUAAAUCCACGCACUGUCCUAUAAGCAAACACUGUAAUAAAUCCACACACUGUCCUAUAAGCAAACACUGUAAUAAAUCCACGCACCGUCCUAUAAGCAAAUACCGUAAUAAAUCCACACACUGUCCUAUAAGCAAACACUGUAAUAAAUCCACGCACCGUCCUAUAAGCAAACACUGUAAUAAAUCCACACACUGUCCUAUAAGCAAACACUGUAAUAAAUCCACGCACCGUCCUAUAAGCAAACACUGUAAUAAAUCCACACACUGUCCUAUAAGCAAACACUGUAAUAAAUCCACACAUUAUCCUAUAAGCACAUGCUGCAUAUAUUUUUUACUGUAUUGUUUUCCCUGAAGACUGAAGUCUCCUGCUCUGUGUAUUUCUACUAAGUGUAUAUUAUGAAAAAAUAAAACAAUUUUAAUAAAUACAA